GCGCAGCAGAACCAACGGGGCUCCGAGGCUCUGCGUCUAAACCCGCACACUAACUUAUUACACAUGUAGUCAAAGCUGAAGGUGGCGUACUGUUCUGACUUACUACAUGCUACAUGCUACAGCUGUUUGUGGUUUGGCUCGCAGCCCGACAUUCUCGCCUCAGUCUUGCCGAGGAUGAAAAGUUGACUGCAUCAAAAUGUUGCCUCUGGGCGGGAAAAUGUAGACAAACUGCUUACAAAAAGAAAAAGAAAAAAACUUCACGAAACUUUCUUUUAUGGUGGAAUUUAUCUGGUGAUUCGUGACCAGCUCGGAAUCCAAAAGUUUACAGCAUGGAGGAUUGGACAGAACGCCUGGCAUAUCCGUGGAUGUGGAUGCGAAAAGGACAAAUCUAAAUGCGUAGUCCGUGUUUAGCUCAGAGUGGAUCUCGGACACACGGCGGGAUCUACUGCAGCUGGACCGACGUGUGCUGGCUGGACUAUACUAACCAGGGAUCUCUGAGCCAGGCUGGUGUAGAACCAAAUGUUUUUUAAGGCAUCAACGAUUUAAUCUUUCAUUUUAUGAUUUUAUUUGUAAUUGCACCAAGUUUUUUUUUUCUCCCUCAAACGGGUUAUACAUUGCAGUGUGUAGCAGACAGUGCUCGUAAACUUUACGAUGUGCUGUUAUGACUUAAAAUGAGAGAUAUUAUAGAAGUCAUUAAAUAAAAAUGGACUAAUACGGACCUGUGAAUAUAUUUUGUGUUGGAACUGUAGACGGGAUUUCGGGAUGUGCUGCAGACUUUGAUUCAAGUGCUGUGUUCUAAAGAGUCGAAUCCCAGUGAGUCAGUGAGUCAGGAUGCCCAUCAGUGCGUGUGUACGAGUGUUUAUUUGGACUGCCGGUUUAACGCUGGUGUGUUUGGAUGCCGUGUCCGUUGCGUCUCCGGUUCACGGUCACCGUCUGAUCUGCUGGCAGGCCAUCAUAAAGUGCCAGUCAGAACCGGAGUGCCAUUACGCUUACGCGCAGUACACGCGCGCGUGCGGUCCCGUGAUUAACGGGCACAGGAAGAAGUGCCCGAGUCACUGCAUCUCGUCCAUCCUACAGCUCAAUCUGACCGCCAGCGGCCCGGGACUCGAACACUGCGAGUGCGCCACGGACGCGAUGUGCGUAAACGCCAAGCGCCGCAUCGAGCCGUGCAUGCCGCGGAUCAGCCGCACGGGAUGCACGGAAGCGCGGCGCGCGUGCGAGGGCGAUGCGGAGUGCGGCGCGGCCAUGCGUGACUACGUGUUCCACUGCCGCGCGCUGUUCGGCGGAGAACGCUGCUCCACGGAGUGUCGGCGGGUCAUCGAGCGCCUGCGCUCCGUCCCCAAGGCGCGCCUGUUGGACACGUGCGAGUGCGACGGCGCCGAGAGGACCAUCUGCGAGCACGUUAAGGGCAGCAUGAUGAACUUGUGCUCAGACGCCCUUGAACACCCGGACGCGGGCAGCGGGCUUUCGGACGAUGAGGACGAGCUCGAGGAUGACUAUGAUGAGGCAGAGGACAGCGCAGACGGAGUGUCCAGGGCACACACAAGUUUGAUAAUGACCUCCACCAUUUUAGUUCUGAAGCUUCUUCAGUGAAUGUAAAAUGACAACAGUGACUCGCACUGGGGCAGAUGUUGUAUUUAUUGAAUGUGUGGGGCAGUUAAGGUUUUGGACUGCUGAUCAGGAGGUCCCAGGUGCGAGCCCAGACGCAGCCGGUCUGCCACUGUUGGAUCUCUAAGGAUGGAUCUUCACCCCCAAGUGCUCAGACGCGAUCCAGCGUCCAGCUGGCACACUGACCCAGUGAGUAACUGCCACAGGAGCAACGGAUAGAUGUCCAGGGUGGGGAGUAUCUGUCGCCUGAUGUGCCGAAUGGCACAUGGAUGAACCUUAUCCUAUCAAAUAAAAUGAGUGCUCCAAUCUAAAUAAAGCCUUAUCUAAAGCAACGCUCGGCAAGCCUCUGCAAGCAUGUGCAAACUGUCCUGCACUGAGGAAAUAAAGUGUGGACAUAUGAGAAAUUUUUAGACACAAUAAAACAUUACAUGAGGUUAGUAUUAGCCCAGAUACCAACAUUCAAAGUCACAGCCAUGAAUCCAUAAUUGAUCAACAUUUGUGACUAUAAACAUGACAUUUGAGUACAUCCAUACAGGUUUGGACUGUAAAUUACAUGGACUUCUGAUUCCAGGGCUACACGAUAUAUUAUUUGUGAAAGAUUAUUGCAAUUUUGUCUGCUGUGAUUAUGCCAACCCAUGCACCAGAUAAAGACUGUGGAACAGUAAGCUUAUUGGCAAAUGAAAAUAUCUUUAAAAAUUUAAUUUGUUUGGUUUCAAUGCCUACAUCCAUAGUUAACUGCUUAUGCAACGAUAAACAAUGCCAUCAUGAAACGCUCUAUAUUUCUUAGAUAUUUCACACCUAGAAUCCAAGAGUGAAUUCCUAUAUUCUUUAUAUACUAAAAUGUCUUUCCAAAAAACUCCAGGUACAUAUGCAUGCAUAAUGGCAAAAACAGAUAUAUGAAAGUAAUAUCCAAAGAAAUAUAUUACGUCUGCUUAUUAAUCUUGUGGUCACAUGGCAAAAUACAUAAAGUCAGAAAAGCUGGCACAGCUAGUAAAAAAAUACUAUUUGUAACAAAAUGCUGGAACUGCUUGUGUUUGUUACUUUCUGGGGUUUUGAUGAAUCACAGCAUGCAUAUGAUUUCACAAACUUUAAAAUGUAAGUCACAAUGAUGUUGAUGAAUCAUUGGCCUCGUCCAUUACACAAUCGCAAUACUUCAGUUAAUAGAGUGCACCCUGUUACAGCAUUGCUAAAAGGAAAUGAGACAAACAGACAAGCAAAAAUUUAAUGAUUGUGAAAUGCCUGAAUGUCAUUGUUUAUGCCACUUAGCAUUGUGCCUCUUGAUACUGAUGGGUGAGGACUGUGCAUCACAAGAAAUUAAAUUAUUGUGUAAUACAGAUAAGAGUUAUGACAUGGAAAUGGAAGUAUUUUUGUAUAUGAGAGAGAUCUAUACACAAGAGUAACUUGCGUGCAUUUAUAUCAUAUGCUAUUAUGUACAGAUAUUUUUUUUGCGAAUGAAAUUGGAAAAUGGAGUUUUGUGUUAUACAUGUGGGCAUAAAAUUUGUUCAAUGUGAAAUCUA